AUGGAUAUCAAUUACAACGUUAAAGUAUCGAACAAUUUUGAGACUCUUCUACAGUGCGAAGAAGAGAAAACACCAAAUGACCUAUGGAAUGAAGGACGAAACAUUUUGCUGAAAACUGUAGAAUACAUCAGUAAGAAAAAGAACAAAAGAAACAAUUGGAUAUCUGAAGAAACCAUAAAGGAAGUUGAGAACUCAACAGAACCACCACCUCUUCUUGAAGAAAUCAAAGAUGCAAUAAAAGAUCUGAAGAUAAGAAAGAGCCUUGGAAAUGACCAGGUCACAGCUGAGAUUAUAAGUAUGGUGGAGAGAAUUCACAGCAGCAAAAUUCUUCUGAAAAUCAUCGCCAAACGAAUGGCCUCAAAACUAAACGAAGAAAUAGCUAAAGAACAAGCAGGAUUUAGACCUGGAAAAGGCACCAGAGACCAAAUCAUGAACCUGAAAAUGAUUCUCGAAAAGAACAGAGAAAGAGGACUUGACGGGUUUCUGUGCUUUAUUAACUACUCUAAAGCUUUUGACACUGUUGCGCAUGACAACUUAUGGAAUAACAUGUACACUAUGGGCUUUCCAACUCACAUCAUUCUACUUCUGAAAUCAUUGUAUGAACAACAAAAAGCAGCAGUAAGAACUACUUAUGGACUGACCGACUGGUUUGAUAUAGAACAAGGCGUUAGACAAGGGUGCAUUAUUUCCCCACAUCUCUUCAACAUCUACUCGGAAAUGAUCAUGAGAAAUGCACUUGAAGAUUAUGAAGGCAGCAUUAAAAUUGAAGGACAUAGUAUCACCAAUCUCAGAUACGCUGAUGACGUUGUCUUAAUAGCUGGAAGUAUAGAUGAACUCCAAAACCUUGUAGACAGAGUAAAAACAGAGAGUGAAAAGACUGGUCUGUUACUGAAUGCCAAGAAAACAAAAGUAAUGAAGAUCCAAAAAACACCAACAGAUCAAGAAAUUAUAAUUGACGGAGCCCCUGUAGAAAAUGUCACAGAAUUUACAUAUCUUGGAGCCACUUUUACCAAUAAAGUCGAUGAUUCAAAAGAGAUCAGGAAAAGAAUUACUUUAGCAAAAAAUGCCACAAUAGCCCUCAGCAACAUUUGGAAAGAUAGAAAUAUAUCAAUAAUUACUAAGAAACGGCUUCUCCAUUCACUUGUCUUCUCUAUAGCAUCGUAUGGAUCAGAAUGCUGGGUUCUAAAAGCUACAGAUAGGAAGAAGAUUGAAAGCUUCGAGAUAUGGUGUUACAGGAGAGUGCUCAGAAUUAGCUGGAUUGAGAAAAAGACUAAUGAGGAAGUCCUUCAGCGAAUCAACAUUAAAAGAAGACUGCUUAACAUUCUUGAUGAAAGAAAACUGACAUUCAUUGGCCAUCAGAUGAGGAAGAACAACUCAUUUGAAAAAACGUUGCUGCUCGGAGUAGUUUAUGGCAGAAGAACGAGAGGACGGACUAAAAUAAGACUUUAUGACAACAAUAGGGAAUUGACUGGGCUGACUAUGGUAGAGUUGGAGAGAAAGGCGCAGGAUCGGGCAAGAUGGCGUAAAUGUGUGCAGAGGGCCACGGCAGCUCGAAUACAACGAACUAUCCGACUAGAAACUCCCGUCACAAGAGUCAAACUGGCAAGUGAACAAGCAGGAUUAAUGCUCAAUACGCAAAAGACAAAAGUUAUGAAGAUGGCUGGUGAUCCAGAGAACAUCGAAAUAAGAGACCUCAUUGUGAAUGGCGAAGUAAUAGAAACGGUUAAAAAAUUCAUCUACCUCGGUGCAAUAUUCACAAGUGACUGCAAUGAUAGCGCAGGAAUCAAAAGGAGAUUGGCAAUCGCAAGAAAUGCAGUCAUCAGCCUAAGCAACACAUGGAAAGAUCGUGAUCCAAACGAAAAUUCAAAUUCUAAAUACUCUGGUAUUCCCUGUAGCAACAUAUGGCUGUGA